AUGGAUCGUGACGGGCAGCACAGUUGGCAGUCGGAGGAGGAUUUCUCCCGCGAGGUGAAGUGCGAAGUAGUGGAGGAGGAGUACCUGGAUGAGUACCGACAGGAAAUUGCGCCACCAGUGAACCGCUCCGCGUACAUGGUACAGCUGCCGAAAUUGCGACCUCGACCGGCGACAUACCAAACGUGGGAUGAGGAUGAUCUGCCAAUGCCGAAACUGGAGCGUCGGGCGGGACUCCCCCCCCCGCCGACACUGGAGCCUCGGCCGGGAUACUUCCAUAUGCCGAUCAAGGAGGAGCCGGAAAGUUCCCCAAUGCCGGAACUGGAGGGUCGGCCGGGACUCCCCGAUAUGCCGACUCUGGUACGGGCGCUGGAAGCGGAACCGCGACCGGCUCAGGAGGGUCAGUCGCUGGAGCCUACCAUGCCGGAGUUCGAUACCCUCGGAGUUGCCCAGGAGGGUCAGUCGCUGGAGCCUACCAUGCCGGAGUUCGAUACCCUCGGAGUUGCUCAGGAAGGUCAGUCGCAGGCUCAGGAGGGUCAGUCGCAGGCUCAGGAGGGUCAGUCGCAGGCUCAGGAGGGUCAGUCGCUGGUGCCUACCAUGUCGGAGUUGGAGCGUCUGCUACGUCUGCCCGCAUUCCCGACCCCGGUAAGGGCUCAGGAGGGUCAGUCGCAGGGUCAGGAGGGUCAGUCGCUGGUGCCUGCCACGCCGGAGUUGGAUCGCCGGCCGCGUCUGCCCGAUAUGCCAAUCCUGGAAGGCAUGGCAUCCCACGUUAUAUCGAUCCCGGCAAGGAACGAUCCGCAAUCAGAAGCUCCCAUGCCGGAAACGGAGCGUCAGCCGGGUCAACUGGACGUGCCGAUCCCAGAGGCCAUGUCAGGGUUAGGACCCCCACUGGUGAACAUACAAGUAGAUGGGCUGGAAGCUCCUGUUGAAGUCCGCUUGGUGAGUAUCGAGACGAUGGAGUACUGGCCGCAGGAGAUUCUCACGCCCGAGGAACUCGCCAGGGCGGGAAUGAAUCCCCAGCCGGUAGCGAAACGCCAGCCGGUACCGAAGCGCCAGCCAGCAUCGAAACGCCAGCCGGUGCAGUUCGUGGGGCAAAAAGACCAGCCGGGGCACUCCCGCACGGGAAAACGGCGGCCGGCAACGCCGCUUCCGCGUAAACGGUCAGCGGUCUCCAGCAGCACGCCGCAGGCAGGACCGUCCGAACUCGUCCCGCCGCCAAGUGCUCAGUCAACAUCACGUCAGAUCGAGGCUCAACCACAACCUUCCACCAGCGGAAAGCGUCCUCCGAUGAACGGCAGGGUCACCGUAGACCGAGGGUAUGUCGCGAUGGUUUCGGGAAUCAGUGAGACGGACAUGCGCUCCUUCCCCGCGCACGUCGAAUUCGUGCUAGACGAACGCAGCACGCUGCUGCUGGUGUACCGGUGCUCGGUGUGUGAGGUUGAGUUCACCGAUCUCAAGUCGUACAAUAACCAUACGCGAAUGGAACACAAACGCGCGUUCUGUCCGGGGUGCCACCGGUCCCUCAUGAUGGGCAGCAUGGAUCGUCACCUGAAAGCGUGCCCCGCCGUCGCCUGCGUCUGCCGGGUUUGCGCAUUUAAGACCGCCAGGCCGUGCGAGCUGCAGCAGCACCUUCGGGAAGUACACCAGCUCCCAGGACCACGCUGCCAAUCACGCUUCUGCCAGUUCUGCGACCGUGUCAUCUGA